UCGCGAGAAGAGGAAGAACGGUCUCCUAUGGUGACAAGCUGGGUAGCAGAAGCAGUAAUAGCGGCGUGCAACUGAGUUAAAAAGAAACACAGUCUUAUUAGUUAACCGGUUUAGCUGGACCGCUCAUUACUCCGAUGCAAGUGCUAACGGCUUCGCUUGUAUAAGUUUUGAAGUGUCGGCCAUGAUUCGUUAAUGUUUCUCCGCGAUGUGCUGUUUGUGUAUAUGAUUUCGCAGUGCACGCUGACUGCAUAGGCUGCGCUCCGCCCCUGCUCUGCAGCGCUGCGCUCGCCCACCCGCUCGUCGCUACGACGGACCGCACGGACACUACACUUAAUCAAAUCUUGACUAGCUAGUGCCUAUUAGGGGUCAGAAGAUUUUACCUGCAGCUGCCGUCCCCUGGAGAGUCAAAGCCGGCUGAAAUGGAUGAGCAGAGUGUUGAGAGUAUUGCGGAGGUGUUCAGGUGCUUUAUCUGCAUGGAAAAGUUGCGGGAUGCCCGGCUCUGCCCACACUGCUCCAAGCUCUGCUGCUUCAGCUGCAUCCGGCGCUGGUUGACGGAGCAGAGAGCUCAGUGUCCGCACUGCCGGGCACCACUGCAACUGCGGGAGCUCGUCAACUGUCGGUGGGCGGAGGAGGUCACGCAGCAACUGGACACACUGCAGCUCUGCAACCUCUCCAAGCAUGAGGAGAACGACAAGGACAAGUGUGAGAAUCACCACGAGAAGCUCAGUGUCUUCUGCUGGACCUGCAAGAAGUGUAUCUGUCACCAGUGUGCGCUUUGGGGCGGCAUGCACGGCGGACAUACCUUCAAGCCCCUGGCCGAGAUCUACGAGCAGCACGUGAGCAAAGUGAACGAGGAAGUGGCCAAGCUGCAGCGUCGCCUGAUGGAGCUGAUCAGCCUGGUGCAGGAAGUGGAAAGGAAUGUGGAGGCGGUCCGUGGGGCGAAAGACGAGCGUGUGAGGGAGAUCCGCAACGCGGUGGAGAUGAUGAUCGCACGUCUGGACAACCAGCUGAAGAACAAGCUCAUCACCCUCAUGGGUCAGAAGACGUCGCUUACUCAAGAGACGGAGUUGCUGGAGUCCCUGCUACAGGAGGUGGAGCAUCAGACACAAGCCGCAGACCACAUAUCUCAUGCAGGCCAUGACUGUUCUCCUCUGGUACACUCGUUCUGUGUCUCCUGCCUCGCUCUUCGCUCCUGCAGCAAGAGUGAGCUGAUCUCCAAGAGCCCCGAGAUCCUGCUUAUGUUCCAGCAGGUUCACCGCAAGCCCAUGCAGUCUUUCGUCACCACGCCCGUACCACCAGACUUCACCAGUGAGCUAGUACCAGCCUAUGAUUCCAGCACCUUUGUAUUGGCGAACUUCAGCACCCUGAGACAAAGAGCUGACCCCAUAUACAGUCCACCCCUUCAGAUUUCGGGACUCUGCUGGAGAUUAAAGGUUUAUCCAGAUGGAAAUGGCGUCGUCCGUGGAAAUUACCUCUCGGUGUUCCUCGAGCUGUCGGCUGGCCUUCCGGAAACUUCAAAAUAUGAAUACCGAGUGGAGAUGGUGCACCAGGCUUCCAGUGACCCUACAAAGAACAUCAUCCGGGAGUUUGCGUCCGACUUUGAGGUCGGAGAGUGCUGGGGGUACAACCGCUUCUUCCGGCUUGAUCUCCUGGCCAGCGAGGGCUACCUGAAUAUGCAGACCGACACCCUCGUCCUCCGGUACCAGGUGCGAUCGCCGACGUUCUUCCAGAAGUGCAGAGACCAAUGCUGGUACAUCAGCCAGCUUGAGUCUGCCCAAACCAGCUACAUCCAGCAGAUUAACAACCUGAAAGAGCGGCUGGCGAUCGAGCUGUUCCGCAGGCAGAAAUCUCGCAGCUCGUCCCCCCCCGGCGGGCGCUCGUGCCCCUCUGCCUCAGAGCGGGACCCCCGGCCUGGAAAGGGGUCUGUGGCAGAAGGUGGCACCCAAGCUACAGCUGCAGAGGUCAAGGACGAGGAAGAGGAGGAGAAGACGCAGCACGACGACUCCAACGAGUUAUCAGAUGGGGACCUGGAAGUGGACUGUCUGACGGGGGAUGAGGAGGUCAACCCCCUGGACGGAAGCAGCACUUCAGGGAGCUCGACGGCCACCAGCAACACAGAGGAGAAUGACAUCGACGAGGAGACCAUGUCUGGCGAGAAUGACGUGGAGUACAGUGGGAACCUGGAGCUGGAGGAAGGGGAGCUGCCGGAGGAUGUGGGAGGGGCUGCAGGGGGUUCGAACCCCGGCUCACGCGGUCUCCGCCGUGGGCCGUCCAGCCUGGCUUCGGCCACCAGCAGCAGCCUCCUGGAGAUCGACCCCGUCAUCCUCAUCCAGCUGCUGGACCUGAAGGAUCGCAGUAGCGUCGAGUCGCUGUGGGGGCUCCAGCCUCGACCCCCGGCGUCUCUGCUGCAAAGCGCAGUCCAAACCAACUCCAGGAAGGAUCGAGACCGACGUCCGCAGGCAGUGCGGCGGUCAGCCCCCGAUUCCGGGGUCCUGAUCCGGCUCAAGGCCCAGAUGGCAGAGGUGCGCAGCAAAAUGUCAGAUGUGAAGUGCCACCUAGAAGCACAGGGCGCUGGGGAGUCCAGGGCCAGCCCAUCCGGAGCACCCUGCUCUAUGGCACCAGUGGACACUGAGGGCACGCGGGGAAAACCCAACGGCCAGGAGCUCCUGAACAAGGGCACGGCCGCUGCCAGGCACUGCCGGGCUGGUGCCAAAAAGGUGCCCCCUCCCAAGCAGGAAGCCGGGGGGGCUGCCGGCGGCCUGUCCCUGCGCAGGGCAGCGGAGGUUGCGGACAAGGAGCCCCGGGGCCAAGCUGGGGACGCUGUUACUGAAGGCGGAAGGGGGGAGCUGUCCUCGGCGGCAGAAGGGGCCCCAAAGGCACGCGGCGGGAUCCAUGCCUCCGCUCCCCCCGUGGCCGGCUCCGGCUGCGCGUCCCGCGACAAGCCAUCGAGCUCCAAGCACGAGGAGCAGCACUACGGGACUGCCGGCGCUGACCUCUUCAAUAUGGCCGGUCUCAAUGGGGUCCUGCCGGCCACCAAGAACCGCCGGCCCCCCGCCCUGGGGGCUGGCCUAACUGACAGCUCCCUGGAUGGGGACCUGGAGGGCCCCAGCGAGAUCCGGGAGUCCCUGCUGGUGCUGUCGGAGGGAGCCUCUCCACACCCCGAAGAAGGGCUGCCUUGCCAGAAGCAGUCUCUGCACCUCCUGCCCGGCAUGAGCAGUGACAGCGAGAUCGAGUGCGACACGGAAAACGAGGACGAGGCCGUGACACUGGAGGCUGGCGACUGCCGCUACGAUGGCCGGGCGCUGCCUUGUCCAGGUGACCCGCUGAGCUCUGAGGACCUGAGCUUUACGGCAGGGGAGUCCAGCGAGAGGUGACUGGUCUCGCGGCAGCACUGGUGCGGACGGCCUUGUGCACCGCUGUACAGAACUAACCACAUUCUCUCCAAAGUUCACCUUGCACUCGUAGUUAUUCAUAUUCUCUCUAGCGUGUCAUCUUUUUUUAUUACUGUUUUAUUUUUGUAUAAAUUUGUUGGAUUUUUGGCCAGAACAAUGCAACGUAUUUGGGAGACGAUUUCCACUGCUCUUGGAAAUGGAUGUGCUGUACUCUGCUGUAUGAUCCUGAACAGGGUCGUCGAGGCGAAAAUAAUUCCUUUGUGCUCAUACACUGCAUUCCCUCCUCCAGCACCUCCGAAGUCAAACCAGGAGAGCCAUCGUUAAAGUAGACACACCCUCAAUGAGCCCUAAUGAAUGGUGUUUAUCGACAGUCAUUGACUGGCUUCUUGUGGUGGUACUUUCACUGGAGGCCCGGUGUCAGAGGACAGUUUACUGUUGUUGGGCGUAAAGGCACAUCCUGCCACUAGCCUGCUGCUGGUCUCCCUCCAGCGUGCCCCCCCCCCCCCGACUUCUGUUAACAGGGAAUCGAACUCGCUGCUGGUCAGUCUCUUUGCGAUCGAUGCCUGCAGGCUGCGCACUUAAUGUACUGGAUGGGAUUGUGCUGCUUGGCUGCAUGUUUUUGUUCUUAUUGAACUACCCCCCCCCCCCCUUUAUUGGAGUUUUGAACUUGUGAGGGGGGGCUUGUUUUGCCUUGCCUUUUAAUAGUGGAAGGCCAUUCCUAGGGGAUCUCGGACUGAAUUAUUGCUCUGCAUUUCAGACUGGCUCCUUUUUAGACCAAUUUGAAGGGAACGUUCCCUGAUUCCUUGUUCAUUCCCUGCACUUUUCGUCCAGCGAUUUCACCUUUUAGCACUUACAAUCAGCCAAUGGGAUGGAAGCUGGAGCUGCUUCCAUCUUGCAUUGAUAUUGGUCAGUGUGUUCGUUUUGUGUUCGUCAGUCAGCUUCGUAGUACUUAGCCCUACGCUGCAGCUUGCCGCUACAACAGUUCAUGGGUUGUUUCUCAUCCUGUGAUAGUUGGGACAAUCGGAUGUGGUCAAAUAUAUUCAUGUCCUUUUUCUGAUGGUCUUUUUUUGUAAAUUCUAUUUUUUAUCUGAACAUCUUGUCAGUGGUUUUAAACUUUCAUUUAAUGUCGGCUCUAAGGUGUUUCUCUGAAACUUGUGAAUGCUGGAUGUGUUUACUGUCGAGAUUCCUCUUUGUUAAUGUCAGGAGAGGUCAGGUCAGCUGGGUUUUGGAGACACAUUGUGUAAAUGCAUUUCCCAGUGUUAAAUAUUCGUACUGCGCUGCAUGUUAUAGCUUCAUCUCAUUCAUCUGCACCACAGUUAUGAAUGAGAGAAUACGAUUGGCUCAUUAUCUUCCCUACCUGCUGUGCUGAAUGAUUGCAGUUUCGAUGUCCGUUUAGGAGACCAUUUCAGAACUCUGGUCUUGGUGCGUCUUCAGUGCUCCGUGUCAUGCAUUUAUGAAAUUCCUGUUAUGAAUAUUCAAAUACUAAGUCCUCCGCCAAACCUGUGGAAUAUCUGCUUUGUGAUCUGUUAUGUUUCACCUACACUGAAUGAGAGCGUGUGUCUGUGUGACUGGACUGGACUGGGUGAAAUCUCACGGAAUGGUCUUUACCUUUUGAGUGUGUACUAUCGUUGAUUGUUCGGGAUUUUAAUUUUGAAAAUGCAACAUCUGAGUUUUGUUGGAAAUGAACACUAAGUCACAAGAGUAAUGAACAAAUUGAAAUAUUUUGUCCUUGAAAUAAAAGUUUAUUUGGGAUGUAAAUGAA